CGCGCACCCGGCGGAGCCUCCCCGGGCCCCGGGGGCGCUGUGCGGAGCUGAGCUCAGAGCCCGGCCCGCCCCUUCCUCCGCGCCGCCAGCCGGGAGCCGCGCCGCGCCGCGCCAUGCCGAAACACGAGUUCUUCGUGGACAUGACCUGCGAAGGCUGCUCCAAUGCGGUCACCCGUGUCCUGCACAGACUGGGAGGUGUCCAGUUUGAUAUUGACCUGCCCAACAAGAAGGUGUACAUUGAGUCAGAACACAAUGUUGACACCCUAUUGGAAACCCUGAAGAAGACUGGAAAGAGCGCAUCCUACCUGGGGGAGAAGUCCAUGCAAUAGCCUGCUGUGAGGAGGCUAGGAGCUCAAAACCUGACCAGCAAAAAGAUGGCUUAAGCUGUUUGCAUAUCUCCCACCUUGCUCCGCCAUUUGACCUUUGCUACCCUGCCAGAUGCUGGAAAGGAGAGGGCUGGCAGGAGGAGACAGCUGCGUUUGGGCUUUAAAAGUGGACAAAUCUAGAGAAGGAGGUUAUAUGCUGUUUCUAGUCCCACAGUAAAUCGAGGUGCUGCUUCUAUCUUUCA